AUGCCUUCAACGAUCACGCGCCUGGUUCUGAGCGCGCUUCCACUCCUCAUCCCCAUCGCCGCAGCCGCCACCAGCCUCAGAGAAGGCGUUCUGCCGUCCUAUCAUUAUGCCGCGCCAAUCGCCGUUGAGUGCAUGAAUAGGAGUGUGGAGACGGGCGAACAUAUCCAGAAUGCGAAAAACGAGAUCCAAUGGAUUCCCUUCCCUCUAUGCAACGAGACCGGGAAGUCUCUCGAGUUCCACUAUGGGGUUGAAGGCGAAAUUAACUGCACUAUUCCUAUGAUCGAUGACCCUUUCUUCCAUCUGCUCGAAUUUUACAUUCAUAGUGACGCCCCGCUGUCCUGUCGCCUCCCCGCUCGGCCACCCGCUCACAUCGCGAUGGUCGGCGAGAAGCCCUACGAGCAAGAAUACGUCCCUCUCGUGUUCGCUCUGGCCGGCACUCUGCAGCUGAGCCAUCUGCAUAUUAGCACCCAUCUCAAUAUCCUGCUCCACAGCAUCCCGAAACCCCAUAUGCACCCUCACGACAGCGGUGUCCUGGAUAGCGGUGCCGCGUAUAGCACCAGUCCUCUCAGCCAUAUGGAGGGCAGUCAUACGAGGAGGUUGGUCAUCGGCGAUCCCCUGCCCUUAAGUUUCAGCGUCAGGUGGUUUCCGACCCCUGCUUUACCCAAGACCGAGGGGAAGGUCGAAUGGCAAGGGAUGGGAGGCCAUAUUUACGCCAGUACGGUAUUCUAUGCCCUGGUGUCCUUUAUCGCGGGAGUCCUGGUUUCGGGCGCUUACUUCUUUGGCGUAAUACUACCGAAGAGGCUUAAGGGCCGAGGUCUAGGUGGUGCUACACCGUUGGGCUACGGUCUAAACGGUGUCGGCAACGGAUGGGGCUAUUCGAAGAGGCUGGAUUGA